UCUGGUAUAUUAGUCAUCAUUGUAGCCUCGUAGUUCACAUCGGCUUUUGGUGUGUUAUUUUUCUGAUUGUCGUACUAGAAAAGGGCUCUUUCAGAGGGUUGCUGUGUGAUGCCAGUGGGGAAUUAGGCCCUGUCCUUUCUCUCCACUCCCCUUGCCCAGUCUCUCCCCGUAAUCCUGGUUCAUUCAUGAAUUCAGUGUGUGGUCGAUGUCACUACGCACUCCUGGCAUCACAGAUACGUUGGGUCAUAUCUUUUAUAUGGAAAGCUGCUGGAGUGCAGGAAAAUACAUUUUCUUCUUUAAGAUAACGUAAAGAUGACCUGUCUCUGUAACACACACACGCUAUCGAUUAGCAAAUAGGUUCACUACGCGGCCGCUCCUUCCAGCAGUGUUUGGGGGAGAGGAGGAGUUGAGGGCGAAUGAAUGCGUGGGAGGAAUUUUAAAGAACGGAGGAAGAAAGGCGGGGUUUGUGUUGUCAGGGGAGGCGGGAAAGGGUAAGUUCUGGACGAUCCAAAUCGGCAGGUCAUCUCAGUGACAGUCCACUCUCAGAAAGUAAGUGGCAAUAGCGGCACCAGCAGCAGCAACCGCCGCCGACACGCAGGGGAGUGGGGGUGGGUGUUGAUGUAGGAGGUUGAAAGUGCUUCCGGUGGCGGACUGGCUGGAUGUGGAAGCAGCGAGGCCUCGGCGGACACCGUGAGAUGACUGUGUCACCGAGGCCGUCUCCCCAAAGAUCUACAAUCAAGCGAAAAUGGCAGGGUGCGCCCAGUCUUAACUGACCUCGACGCGCCGACCGCCAAGGACUUCCUCCAGUGGGUUGCGCUGUCAGCACGUCACACUCGGAGAGACCUCCACAGUAAACGACGCGCGCCAUAGUGGGCAUCACUGAGCCAAAAAAAAAAUAAAUAAAUAAGACACCUGAUGAAUGUGCUGUGUUCUUGACGGAGGGAACUGUGCCUGGAGUGGAAGCUGCUUGCUUGACUUUUUCUGGUUUCGUGGACACCCGGUCUCUUUCACACUUCCCAUUUUCUCUCUCUCUUUGGACCUGCCGUUGACGUGGCCCUAUUGGCAGCCUUGUCUUGAUCGACGGCCCGGAGAAUAUGUGCUCCGAUUUGUUCGAGAAGAGUCCCGAGUGUUCAGCGCUAGGACUUAAAAAAGAGGAUUGGAAAACAGCGUUGGCAGGAAGGAUCAGUGCCCACGCCUGUGCCUUCUGCGUGAACCAUGGCAGAGAGGCACUGCAGGUCUUGCCCUCCUUUCUUGCCUUCUUGCCAGUGGCCUCAUGCUGCUGCUUCCCAGUGUCCUCUUGGAGUAAAAAGUCGAGGCGUUCAAUACUCCGUGUGUCUUCUUCAUUGGUCAAUCUUCUUUCACCAUCCAAACCUCAAAAGCGAAACAGCUCCGGGUUCAAAAUGCCAAACUCACCAGCAGCCAAACAGUGCAUAUCUCCAUACAAAAUUCCAUCACCUUCCCCCGCUCAGCGUCGACUGACCCGAACUUGGAGUGACAUGAUGGCUGGGGGAAGUAGUGUGGCCAGCAUGACUCCACAAGACAUCAAACGGCAAGAGGCCAUCUAUGAACUGUACCAGGGGGAGAUUGAUAUUGUUGAGGACCUUAACAAUGUGAAAAAGCUCUAUCGAGACAGCAUGCUAACGCUACAUCUCUGUACUGCUGGGGAGCUUAGCCAAAUCUUUGGCCCUAUAGAUGAUUUGCUUCCAGUUCAUGAAGAUCUGGCUCAGAGAUUACAAAGACAGCGACAAACAGAUGGCACAAUGCAAGGUGUUGGUCAGCAGAUUCUGCAAUGGGUGCCAAAACUUGUGGUGUACACUAACUUUUGUGCAAACCAGGUGUUUGGGAAAGCAUUACUUGAUGAAAAACGCAGUGAUCCUGCCAUUGAUGACUUUCUACGGCGGUGUCAGGAAUCACCCUUCAGUCGGAAACUAGACCUGUGGGGACUCUUAGAUGGAGCAAGAGGGCGGUUUAUAAAAUAUCCUUUGCUGAUCAAGAGUAUUUUGAAGGAGACACCACAUGAUAAUGAAGAUGCACCACUAUUAAAACAAGCACUGGAGCAGCUGGACCUAAUAAUUCAAACUGCCGACACAUGUACUGGAGAAGCUGAGUGUAGUUUUUACAAGUCACGCCUGGUGUACAUCUAUGAUGAACAGAGAGUUCCUGAAAUCGAGGAGUCUAAAGUUCUUAUGUGCCAUGGACACUUGCGGAACAACAAAGGCAGUAAGUUACAGCUGUUCCUGUUUGAGAAAGUAGCUGUGGUGACCCGUCCCAGCAGUCAAGGUCCACAGGUGUACCGUCAGCCUAUACCUGUUACUCACCUUGUUGUUGAGGACCUUCCUGAUGGAGAGAUUAAGAUUGGCUCAUUCCGAAAUGCAUUUGGACCUGGCCAAACAGCCAAGAAUGUUUUGAGGGUAUCCUUUACAGACAGUAAGAUGGGUCAGUCCCAUACCUUAAUGGCCAAUGAUGAGCAUGACAAACGACAGUGGAUGCAGAGUUUUCAAGCAGUGACAUCACACAUUGUCAAAGUAGGACUGAGCAUAGACCGUGAUAAAAAGUGAGAGAUCAAGAAUGUUGAAUUGUGAUGUCAGCUGGACUUCCUUCAAGCAUGUUGAUUCCCAUGUGUGACACGAGGAUAGAAUGUAGCACAGGGGAGACACCUGAAACUUUUGGAAGCAGCACAGGCUAACUGGAUACAUCAGUCAUGCCACAGAUAUGGAUGUACAUGUAUCUGGAGAAAAACUGUCUUCCUGCAGAAAUAAGACACCAUUUAUGAAUACCUAUUGAUAUUAGGGUUUCAAGUGAUGCUGGGGGAAAAGUUCUGGAUCAUUACCAUGCAUAUCUUACAUGGAGAAUUUCAACAGCAAUGCAUGUAUUUUAAAAAUCAGAUUUACAGCUUUUAUUCGUGGUGUGAAUGCAAGUAGACAAUCUCUGUGGGGGUGAAAAGACAUCCUUGAUUUUGUUAAUUUAAUUUAGAUAACACAAAUGUUCAAGAAUUGUAUGCCUAUUCAAUACACACAGUAUAGUGUAUAGAGUAUAGCACCCUCGCUGACAGCAUAAUGCCAUUCAGCCAGGACUGCCUAGUCUCAUGCUUAACAUCAGCUAUGCAUAUCAGCUUCUCUUACAGUGGAGGUGGGCAGUACUAAACUUUACAGUCAGCCCUCAGUAUUCACAGGGUUAGGGGGGUACAGGCUUCCCCCUCCCACCUCCCCCAAAUGUGGAAACUCCAUCAAAAUAUUAGCCACCCCUCCCUUUAAUGAUAAUAUUGGAAACACAAAGAAAGAAAAACAAUGUACCAUGUAUACUGUACUGCAACAGUAUGUCUUAUAGAUUUAUUCAACAAUAUAAGCAGUUAUGUGGCAUCCUAAGAGCGCAUAGUCUGUAUUUCCAAAGUAAUUCCUAAUGCUGGAACUUUUAACAAAAUUUAACUUUUAUAAUUAAUGUGUAUAUAUGUAUAUUUAUGGAUGUAAAUGAUAAAAGUAUAGUAAAAAUACAUAUAUUUUAUGCAUUUCUUACCAAUUUUUAAAGUUUUCUUUAUAUUUUCUAGUCUAUGCCAUCUACAACUUACUGCAGUAUAGUGCAAAAACAAACUUUUUAUUGAUGGCAGACCUGCAAAUAAUCUAAACAACAUAAGUGAUAACCACAAAUACUGAGGGUUGACUGUACAGGGUUUUAGUAUGCUUGUGCCAGAAAGAGAUCUGGAAUCUAACUUGUACUCUUUGCUGAAGAGAAUGAACUGUGCGUAUCCACUAUCAUUUGAAAGGCCUUUCUAGUGUUAAGUCAACUUCUGCUACACUACUCAGUCAACGAAGCAUGUUUUCAGUUUGUUUGGUGGUUGUAGGACUUUACAACACCACAAGAUUAGAACAUCAUGUUUGGAUCAUCAUGAGACCAAAGAAUUCUAGACCGAGGUACAAAAUGUUUCCUGAGGGUUGGGGGUGAGGGAGAGCUAGAAAGUGUGAAUGGAUGGAAGGAUGUAUUUGUGAUGUGCAUGUGUAUAUAUACACAGUUCUUGAGUGCCAAAGGAAGAGAAUCAUUUGAAAGCACAAUAAGCAGGACUGCUAAUGUUGUGCUUUUGAGAAGUUACACAUCUGUAUUAGUUUGGAUUUGCAGACUGAAGCUAAUCGGAUCAAAAAAGUUUUUCAAAGUAAGCUUUCUUUUUUUCUCAAAUUAUGUUUUCAAAUCCUAUGUUGUUUGCAUACAUGUGUCUGCAGCAAGAGUUGUUUCCAACCAGAAAGUUUGAGCUUGGUUUUUUGUUAGAUUCAGAUUUGCCAUAGUCAGUUUCUGUUUUUUUCUGCUCAUUUCUCAUAAAUGUGUAACUUGUGUGGCUGACACAUCCAUGUCACUGAGGUGGUUUUGUCAUACAAGAGAUAAUAUGCCUGCAUGUGUGUUGAUGUAUGUGGGGCUUUUGACUAUGCAAUACUCAAGUUUUGUUGGCAUAUUAAAAAGUGCUAUGACCAAAGAUGCUUGGAUAUCUGCUGAUAUUUGUUCACAAGAAUUUAAGCCGCUGUACGUUGCAUCUGUCUUUUGUCAUGAAGGUAAGCCAAGCCGAACUCCAUCUUCCUGUCAACAUAUUUUCAUUUUUCAUAAGAAUGAACAAUAUAUUGCAGAAAAUAGCUGCAAUAUCUGAUUAUUUUCAUAUUGAUAGUUUUUCAUUUAGACAUGAAUGAUGCCAAUAUUUUUUGUUAUUUGUUAUGUUUCUUAAUUGCUUCUUUAAACUGUUUAUUAUCCUGAACCUUUUUUUUAUAAGUUCUGAUUCAUGGUCUUCCUGGCUACUGAGGCAAAAAUGAAAUCGUUUUAAAUCGCAUACUUUAGACCAAAUGGAAAUGAGCAGUCUGUCACUAUUAGUAGAAAAGUGCACUUACUCAAAAACAUACAUGCGUGCUAACAAACUACAUUUUAUUCACCAUUCCUCAGCACUGCAAAGAAGCAGAUGUAGCUGCAGUCUACCUUCACUGUAUUUGCACAGCUGAUUUCAGGGUUUGUUUUACAAUGAUCAAAGAUUUUUAACAUUAUUUAUAGCAUGGAAACUUUUAUCUUCAUUACUUCCUCUCUGCUGUCAAGUUUGAUAGAGCGAGUCAAAGCAAAUUUGAGUGGUGCAAACAUGAUGACCCCCUCCAACCUACACUCUUAAUUGUCAUUUUAAUUUCUUUUCCAGCAUGUCUAUGUUUUAUCUGCAUCAUAGUGAUUCCACAUAGGAGCCUAAGGCUCAAAGCUGGCUACAUGGCUAUAUGUUUGUCAAACACAGCCAACACUUCAGUAAAGUUUUGUUCUUAAAUUAGUUGCUCACAAAAGAAAACUGUAAAAUUUUCAGCAGCCAGAGCUCACCUGUCUACAUUCCUUAUUUUUUCACACCAUGUUUGAGUCUAUAACAAGAUAUUAAGCAUAUAUUCAUUGUUAACUCGGCUCAUUUACAGAGCUCAUAAAGAGUCAAAAACCAUGUUUUCUUCAGCAGAAUAGUCGGAGCUCUUAUUUACUUCCUCUGCAGACAUAUUUAGUCAGCUGUGUACUUCUUUCCAAAAUAUUGAUAUGGAGAACUAUCAAUGUAGCUUUUGUUUCCAUGUAAAAUUGCGACAUGGUUAUAUGCAAAUUCUGUACUACCAAGAACCAGAAGUGCAUCUUUCCCUAUCUGAACUAAUAGCUUAUAAAGAUUUUUAUGUUGAGUGCCUUAGGACAAUUUUCAAAAAAAAAUCCAUGUUGGCUACACAGUUUGUCUGCUGCUUGGAUAUGGAAUUAAAGUGCCCUUGUUCUAUUGGGUGUUAAGAGCUAGAUUUUAAAGCAGAGACUCUAUGGUUGCUUUGAAAAAAUUACAAAUAACUCAUAUUUUGCAGUCUGUUUUUCAAAUGUAUUUCCAGAAAUUUAUUGGUCACACCAGUCAUUUUCUUAGGUACUCAUCUGAGGUAGGAAUUGAUGACCACUAUGAAACCUUCCUGUUACUUCCUGCAGUGAUAUUUAGUGUGGGACAACAUGUAAUUUAGUUUCAUGCGCUAUGUCAUUUUGAGUAAACAUUAUACUGUAAAUAUUCUGAAGAUAAAAGCACAUUGACCAAGCUUCUUUCCAAAAAUGUGCUCAGUGAUAUGCAGCUCUUAUCUAGUCUCACCUUAGCUACAACAUUGCCACUUUCUCUCCACAAGUCAUCACAUAACAGUAAGAGUGCCUUGAGUUUCUGUAACUGUGUCAGCUAAGAAGACUUGUGUACAUGUACUUCCAUGUCAUAUUUCACUCCUAUUAACUUAAAUUGCCAAGAAUACAUGGCCAGGUUAUAGUUGAUUUCUUAUCCCAGAAAGACCCCUGCCACCUUACCCCCCAAAGAAACCACCAUCUUGAGCUUUGCAGGCAGCAAGCCUUCUUUCAUUUAACUAAUUCUUACAACUGUUCAUCCAGUCAUAAAGUCUCAUGAUUUGAACCCUGCUAUAGUAAUAUGUAUUUUUUGGCCUUUCUUCAUCAGAUUAGUGCAACAUAAGCUAUCUUCAUAAUUGUGUAAUAUUUUAUGCGAAGAGCGAGCUGCAUCUAAAGGCAUAUCCCCUUCCAGCCAGUUUUUGUUUCUUUUCCUUAGAAAAGACUUUUGGGUGGUUUUUUUUAACCAUGCAGUUCCCAAAGUGUACUUUUUUCUCUCCAUUCACUUACAUUGUGGCUUUUUAUAGCUAAUGAAUGACGAUUUCAUCUUGUAACAUGCAAGUUGACUGGCCUAAUGUACUGUUCAUAUAUUGCAUGCUUAGAUUAACCAUGCCUUAUUCUGCCAGUAGCAACAGGUGCAAUGUCAUAGUUAUGGAGUAUACUCUUAUUAUGCAAGUCGUUUCUAGUUCUUGUUGACGAACUGAGAGAGUGUGUGUUUGAGCGAGGGAGAGAGUGUGUGCGAGAGAUUCAUUCAAAACUGUGUUUUUAAGAGAUGUUCUGUAAACAACGCACAAGUUCAAAAUAAUUUUUAAAACUUUAAUCAUUGUAAAAUUGUAUUUGUAGUCAUAAAUCAUCUGUUUUCAGCACACAACUUUGAAAUAAUAUUUUAAAUUAUCAUUGUAAGUGAUAUAUCCAUAGUAACAUACUGUACAACAUGAUAUGCACAUUUUGUAUCCCCAUGUCUAGCAGUGACUAUUAUUAGGCAUAGUAAAAUAUCUCAGAACCAUUGCACUUCGUUGUUUUCGCAAGAUUAAGCUUGUUUAGUGUGAUGUCAUCAGUAACUUUUUUUUUCUCACCAAUGAUUUUACUUCCCUCAUCUAGCUAUCAAAUGUAUGUCUCUUUCCUCCACAAACUUUUGUCUUCUUGCUUUUAAGUAAUGUUUUUGAUACAAACGAUUUGCUAAAAUUUCCUUCAAGUACAAAAACUUUAAAGUGCACAAUAUAUAAAAGUAAAGUGCUAGUGGGGUGCAAUUUUUUUGUUGUUGUCACGAUUGGGUUCAAUUCUCUGAGCAUGAUAUAAAAGUAUAAUUAUUACAAAGACUAGCUAAUAAUUGAAGACUGAAGAUGAUGGGGAAAUUUGUCUUCUAUUAUUGCUACUCUCAUUGGACCAAGAGACCUAGGCAUUUUUGGAAAGGAGAAAGCCACAAAAUCUAUGAAUUGUCUCACUGAAAUUUUUUUCCACAUGAAUGUGAAUUUAACAAUAAUGACAGUUAAAAUCAUUGGCAAUGACAAAGCAGGAGAAAACAAGGGGAUACCAUAUUUUAACUCCCAUUCCUUUAUUAUUGUUUUUCACACACUGUCUCCACCAAAAUUACAGCACAACUUUUUAAAACAUCAGACAAUAAUUUAUUUACUUUUCUUCAAUUCAGAAAGCAUUCUUACCAUCACAUCAUAUAUAUGUCACAUGGAAUUGAAUCAUUUGCAAACUGUAAAUAUGCUUAAAUUUGAUCUAACCCUUUUAUGUUAUACAGCAAGUGCUAAAACUGCUUAGCCUAUUAGCUGUGAGAGUAUCAAAGUGGACAUAUUUUUUUCAGUGAGCAAAUGAUUCAUAAACUUACUCUUAAACUUCUAAAAAAAAAAAAAAAUUGAUGUCGCAGUUAUUAUAUGGGUAAUGGAGUUGUUUGAUCAGGGACAUACUGUUACAAAUACAAUGGAAAGCAUAAUAAAGAUGCCUGGAAUCCCAGCAUGUGGCAGGGCUCUAUACUUUUUGUUACCAUAGUAAUACAGACAUGGAGGCUGAUGGAAACAGCUGUAUGCUGUUUACACGGGAUUUUUUCCCCACAUGCUUUAAAUUUAAGGCAUCUUUAUCGUCUAAAAGUAAGUUUGAGCUAGUGACUUCAAUCCAAUUAUAGGAUCUGUAUGCAAAUCAUGAUCAUAGAGACAUUUGUGAUGAUUAUGAUAAUUUUUGUAACAUCAUUUCUGGCUCUCAUCCUGAAACAAUGUGAAACAAAAUUAGAAAGUUAUCACUUCAAGUUUUUCUGAUUAUAACCUGUCAAAUUCCUUAAGCUAUGGGUUCAUGCUCAUCUUUCCAUUAAAAGUUGCACAGAUAUUGAAGUGGCAGUCAUAACCUGCAUAAUGUUGACAGUUUAAUUACAGCUCUAAAAAUGUACUUAUUUUGUGAUUUCUGCAGAAAAUUAUGAUAGAGGGCAAGCGGCCAGCCAGAAGCAGUCCAUUUAAAAAGAUUAUUAAUUUUUUUUUCAACAUCUGCAAAAUGUCGUAAGUUGGGUUGAGCAAUAGUGAUGAUUUAUGUAGCAAAAUAUGUCCAUGAAAAAUGUUUGGGUUGUAACUAAGCCAGGGUCGAUAUCAGGUCUUAAUAAAGAGGUAACAUAAAA